UGGCUGAGUUGCUGUCAUUCCCAAUCGCUUCCACUUUGUUAUAAUACCACUGACAGUUGACUGUGGAAUAUUUAGUAGCAAGGAAAUUUCACGACUGGACUUGUUGCACAGGUGGCAUCCUAUCACAGUACCACGCUGGAAUUCACUGAGCUCCUGAGAGCGGCCCAUUCUUUCACAAAUGUUUGUAGAAUCAGUCUGCAUGCCUAGGUGCUUCAUUUUAUACACCUGUGGCCAUGGAAGUGAUUGGAACACCUGAAUUCAAUUAUUUGGAUGGAAUGGAUUCCCAUGGAAGUCAGUGCACCUGCAGUGCCCAUCGCUCAACACCAAGCGUCCAUCAAACCCUGGACGAGAUGGACUUUGAGAGAGGUAUUUGGUCAGCAGCUAUGGAUGGAGAUCUGGAGAGAGUUAAAUCAUUUCUCAAAAAAGGGAUUGACCCAAAUAUGCGGGACCAGGCAAACUACACUGCUUUGCAUUAUGCUGGUCGAGCAGGUCAUCUGUCAGUGUGCGAGUUACUUCUGGAUUAUGGAGCUUGUGCAAACGUCCAGACCCGAGGUGGUGCAACUCCCCUUCAUAGGGCAGCUUACUGCGGUCAUCACAGUGUGGUCAAGCUACUUUUACACUACAGUGCUGAUCCCUGCCUGACUGAUGAUUAUGGAGCUACACCGCUACAUAAGGCUGCUGAUCAGGGCCAUCUGGAGAUGUGUGAGCUACUGGUGAACCACUGUCCAGCCUUACGAGCUGUGAAAGAUAAAAGAUCACAAAUACCUUUGGAUCUUUGUCCAGAGAAGAACACGCUUUGGGAGUUUCUGAGGCCACCACAAUGACCUGACCUAACCUACAUGUCAGACCUUUGGCCUCCUAAUGAAGGAAUGUGAAGAAUCAAGGGGUGUAACCACCAAAGACACUGAGGGGGAAAUGUCCCGGACAAUAUUGAGAUUAGUGGUCGAUCGGUAUGGGUUUUCAAUGACUGACUCUUACUUUUCUUAAAUAUUUGGAUACAUCCUGGAAAGAACUGAUUCAAAGCAGUGCCUUUGUGACACAAGGUGUUUUAUGGCUGGAAAGACGAGUGGAAAGUGUCUUUAUGGACACCUAAGCUGCUCCUAAUAUUGUGUAAGCCUAUGAGAAUUGAUCCUGGUUUUAAUGGAUGACCAAAAGGGCUUAAAGCAGUGGUACAAUUAGCCAAGACACUAAUGCUUGUACAUUUCUUUUACAUGAAGUGACAUGGUCAGGCUGUACUUUACGAAUUGUCCAGUAGAGGAUGCUAUUAUCUUAUUUAUACUGCAUUAUUAAUAAAAUACACCCACACUGCUGCCACUGUGGAGCUUGAAAGACUUACUACAUAACAGACAAUUUGGAUGCAUGAUAUAUUGGUAUUGGCCAAUAUUUAGCAGUUUUUGAUUAUUGGUCUAAAUCUAGUGAUAUUGGAAUAUCAUAGAUAAUAUCAUGGCUUAUUUUCCUAAAAAUCUAGGCCAAUUGGUCAAAAAGUUCUUUACUAGUAUAAAUAAAAUUGUGAACUUUGUUUGAAACCCUUCCCUAUCAGUGUGCAAAAAUUUUAGUUUUACAACCUGAUAGCUUACAUCAAAACUUGUUGAUGAUGUUCAAUGGUGAUUAAAAGUCGUUAAAAAAAAAAUAUAUGUGAAAAACAUUUCAAACUGUCUAGGUGGUGUAACUGUCCAGAGAUUGUAAAAAAGAAAGAAAAGAAAAAAAGUCCCAUUAAAAGGCUGAUUUUUGUAUUUAUUUAUUUUUUUGGCCUAGUAGUUUAACACAUGUAUUAAAAAUAAAUAAGCAAUUUUGUUUUAAAAUUGUAUUUGAAAAACUUUUGUUUGCCAGAUCAAACUCAUCUUUAUUUGUCUUUGACAAAAUUAUAUCAUAGCACACAAAUUGCAUUGUUUACUGAGAAUGAACCAUUUGCACCUUUCCCUUCCACAUUUUAUUUGUUGAAUUAGUUUAAUGACAUCUAGACAUACUGGGACCUUUUACAUUCACAAUAGCGACAGGGAUCUCUUUAGAAUUUGUUUGGCUGUAAAGUUUGUUCCUACUCCUUCAUGUCUGUCUGCAUACCAUAUUAAUAAUAUCAAUCCUUCAGUUGAAAUCAUUUAUUUUAAUUAUUAGACUUUAUUGUUCUGUCCAAGGCCUUAUUGCUCAUCUCUGUGGGUGUGCGUGCAUACACAUGUGUUUCUUCACCACAUCCAAGGUCUUGUCUGGAGAAAGGCCAGCUUCCAUCUGGAGCUUAUUGCAGCUGACGCCAUAAUACACUGUGUGCAAGGCAGGAAAGCAUGUAUCAGUGUGAAUGUUGUGUGUGUGUUCUGGGAAAGGGAUGUGUAUAUUGCCUAUGCAAGUUAGCUCUCUUAUCCUAACAAGAGUGAUUAAAACUCCUUAACUGGCUGAUAAUGCAUCUCCAAAAAUCGCACCUUUAACUGAUGCCAUUCUGACUGGGUCAUGGGAAAAAUGGACUACAGACCUCAUUCAUUACAAAACAGGCCCUGUGUGCAUAUGGCUGCAAACACUGCCAUGGAAAAUGCAGCCUAAUACACUACAGCAGUCUGACUGAUUCAUUGCAGAUGGCAUGGGCAGCAUUCGAACAGAAACAUAGCCAGAUGCCGAAUUCAAGUCGAUGCUUGAUUCUGGGAGAAUUUAAACAAUCACUCAAAGAGACUUUCCACUGCCUUGUGUUUGCCAAAGAGCUUCUCAUAAAAUCAGAGAAACAAGUCAUGACCUUA